CCUAUCAACACACCUAAGCACACACCAAAUUCCAAAAAAACAAAAACACCAAGAGAGAGAAAAGCGGCCACCGUCUCCAUGCCACCUCUCCCAUGGCACCACCACCCUCCUGACGCCGACGCCGACGCCGCCGCCGACUGACUCCGCCGGCCACAGAGCCAUUCAGCCCCAACUCCGGCGACGGCCAUGCCCCCCGUCGCAAUCCAGCUCUACAGCCUCAUCUUCAAGCUCCUCCUCCGCCGCCGCCUCUCCGCUGCCGCCGCCGCCCCGGCGUCGUCCUCCUCCUUCGGCGUCUCCUCCCGCCCGGCCGCCGAGCACCACCCUUCCCCGCCUUCGAAACCUUCGUUCUCCUCCGCGGGCCCCGACGCGGUCGCCACCAAGGACCUGCACCCCGACCCGCUCUCCGCGCUCCACCUCCGCCUCUUCCUCCCGAGCCCGCAGAGCGCGGCGCCCGCCGCUGCCAACGCUCCGCUCCGCCGCAACUCGUUCCCGCAGCCCCACGACGGGCACGCCCCGGGCCAGGAGCUCUCCCGCCGCGCCAGCGCCAGCUUCAGCGGCGUCGCGUCCCCCGCCGCCUCGUGCUACGGCGGGUACCUGCCGACCGCGCGGUCCGCCAGGAGGCUGCCGGUGAUCGUGCAGUUCCACGGGGGCGCGUUCGUCACGGGCGCGGCCGACAGCGCCGCCAACGACGCCUUCUGCCGCCGCGUCGCGCGGCUCUGCGACGCCAUCGUGGUGGCCGUGGGGUACCGGCUCGCCCCGGAGAGCAGGUACCCCGCCGCGUUCGAGGACGGGGUCACGGUGCUCAAAUGGAUCGCCAAGCAGGCCAAUCUCGCCGCGUGCGGGCGGACGAUGGCGAGGGGGGCGGGCUCCGGCGGGGCCGAUUCGUUCGGCGCGGCCAUGGUCGAGCCGUGGCUAGCUGCCCACGCCGAUCCAUCCAGGUGUGUUCUCCUUGGUGUCAGUUGUGGAGCAAACAUUGCUGACUAUGUGGCUCGAAAAGCCGUUGAGGCUGGGAGACUCCUCGACCCCAUCAAGGUUGUCGCUCAGGUUUUGAUGUAUCCAUUCUUCAUUGGGAGCAGUCCCACCCAAUCAGAACUAAAGCUGGCAAACUCCUAUUUCUAUGACAAGUCAACGUGUUUACUGGCCUGGAAACUUUUCUUAACUGAGGGUGAAUUCAGCCUGGAUCAUCCAGCGGCAAACCCUCUCGUGCCUGGUAAGGGUCCCCCUUUGAAGCUUAUGCCUCCAACAUUGACAGUUGUCGCGGAGCUGGACUGGAUGAAGGACCGUGCAAUUGCUUACUCGGAGGAGCUCCGCAAGGUGAAUGUGGACGCCCCAGUCCUCGAGUACAAGGAUGCGGUUCAUGAGUUUGCCACGCUAGACGUCUUGCUGAAAACUCCACAGGCUCAGGCUUGCGCUGAAGAUAUAUCCAUCUGGGUUAAGAAGUACAUAUCACUGCGUGGCCAUGAAUUUUCAUAUUGACUCUGCCUGGUGCGCUUCUGUGAGAUUUUUUUUCACCUGAGCUGCGCCCCCCCACGUUCAAGGCUUCACGCUGGUCGCUCCAGUCAUGUGCCUUGCGUGCUGCACUGAACCAUUUGAUGAAGCAGGGAGAAUACAGUGGCUGAGUGGUAACAUGCGUGCUGAUUGAUGAAGAAAGGAGAGAGCCCUGCUCCUCCGUGAUGUUAGUUGGUUCUUGUACGGCAAUUUAGGUUGCCUGGGUUAAGGAUCUGAGUGUAAUCUAGUACAGAACUGAUGAUGUUGUAAAUUUCGACGUUCUAAUGGCAUCAUUUUCAUGUGUCCACUGCCUUGUCCAUAGAUCUGCUUGGCCUGAUCAAAGCGGUUUAUUUUUCCCUUGUUUCUUUUCUCCCCGGUAAUGAGUUCAUAUGCAAAUGAUAUUAUAUUAUAAUAAA